AUGUCGAUCACAAGAGACAAUUCAUUCUUGAAAAAAGGAGACUUAAACUCUACUUCAGAUCCCUUUGUUUCUUCACAUAGGGAACAUGGUAAAUCAAAUUGCAAAAAUUAUCAACAAGUUCAAUGCAAGAAAGAUCGUUCUGCCUUUAGAGAAUAUAGGGACCCACUGUUGCUUGCAGAAACUGGAUCCGAUAACAGUCAGCUUAAUUCCAAGGGUGUUUCUAGGGCCAGAAAAACCAGUAACCUUCACCAAACAAGAAUCAGAGGAAUUCAGCUAAAGAAAUCUACUCAGCAUCGGCAUGUCAAAUCUGCCAAAAGUAAACGACAUACAAAAAAAUCCGGAAAAUCAAGGCAUGGAUUCCAAGAAAAAUCAAAAGAGAGUGCCAAACUGAUCGAAGUGUUUGGAGGAUCAAAUGUUGGCAAAGCUAGUUUCAUGCAACUUUUGAAACAGAUCCAACAAUCCAUUACAUCUGAUAAGCAAGCAAGUGGAGUCAUAUUGGAACACGAGGACUUGAAAACCCAUCUGUUCUUUGAGACUUCAGAAUUGUAUCUAGAAAAGACUACAGAUCUUCAGGAAGCAGAUGCAUGUGUUGUAAUGUUUGCUGUCUCUGACAAAGCAUCGUUUCAGUUUGCUAAACACUGCAUCCAGAACAUAAGAAAAAGUUAUAGAGAAGACCUUCCAAUAUUUCUUGUGGCAAAUAAAUCUGACUUGAUUCGACAUCGUAAGGUCUCUCAGAAUGAUGCUAUCAGAGUUGCAAACUUUCAUAAUUGCCAGUAUUUCGAAACAUCGCUGAUUUUUAAUUAUAAUGUUCCAGAAUUACUUCAAGAUAUUAUCACUCGAGUUCAUAAAACCAAAACAAAAAGAUGUCUGAGGUACAUCCACAGAAUGGCUGAAGCUUUUCAAAAUAGGUUGAAGAAAUUUCUUCAGUAA